UCUCUCUUAACAUAUUCUCAUGCUUGUUCUCUCAGUUCAGUUAUCAGGGCAGAGUAUUUGAUAGUGUGUGCUCAUCAACGGAGAGCUUAUUUCAGCGUGGAUGCUCUCUUGGAUGCUCCCUGGGUGACAUAUCUUUGUCUCUGUUCAGUAUAGUGUGGCUGUGGGACCUCAUUGAUCUUCUGUAGACUGGCUUUAUCUCCAGCACAGUGAUCUUCAGGAUGGAAGCAGUAGCUCUUUACAACUUUUGUGCCACGGAAAACGAUGAGCUAAGCUUUCAGAAGGGAGAUGUACUCAAGAUCACUAAUAUGGAAGAUGAUCCUAACUGGUUCACAGCAGAGUUUGUAAACAGGAAGGGCUACGUUCCUAAAAACUAUAUCAGUGUAAGGCCACACACAUGGUUUGCGGGCCGUAUCUCCAGACACGUGUCAGAGGGUCGGCUACGCCAGCGGGAGUGUGGAAGCUUUUUAGUGAGAGAAAGUGAGAGUGCCCCAGGGGAAUUCUCGAUGUCAGUAAGCUAUGGUGAUCAUGUACAGCAUUUCAAGGUGUUAAAGGACAGAGAUGGCUAUUACUUUGUUUGGGAGAAGGUCUUUCCUUCCUUAAAUCAACUUGUGGAGUUUUACAAGACCAACAGCAUUGCAAAGGAAAGGACUGUGUUUCUUAGAGACACAGAUCACACACUCGGGCAGAGGCCCCAUCAUGCCCAUGCCCUGUAUGACUUUAAUCCACAGCACAACUCACAGUUGCACUUCCUGCGGGGUGAUGUCAUUGAUCUGCUGGACUGCUCAGAUUCUCAACGCUGGAAAGGUCGCUGCCGAGGACAUGUGGGCUUUUUUCCUCCAGAUUAUGUGCAGCCUAUUUAUCACUGACACCCAUUGACAAUACACAAUACCGCGUGUUCAUAUGGGAGUAGUCGAUUGUUGGAAAAUUUUGUUGGUGCGGUAUGACUGGAAUGAUCAAAUUAUUUUUUGUGUUUGAAAAGGUCUUUGGAACAAGCAAAUUGACUUAUUCAGCCACAGUUCCUAGAGUAUAAUCAUGCAGUUGACACUAAGUUGACACUUUUCAGCAUUUUAGGUUAAAGGCCACUAUAUACAAAAAUAAUACCCAGAUAUACUUUAGUAGAUUAUAAUUGCAUAAAAAAUUCUGAAUGCAUUUCUUCUGAACACAAUUAUUCUUUGCUCUUUGCUUGUAAAUUUAGAUAAUAACUACAAUCCUUUAAUUCCUUCAUAUUGCACAUGUUUUUUUUUUUUAAUGUAUAUAUUGUUUAUAUUGCUUUUUGGCUUAUUUAUUGUAUGAUAAUGUAAAUGUUACUAUUGUGAUGAAUACGCAUGCCCAAUUAAGAUCUAUGUAGGGAAAGUGCCAGUUUAGAAUUCAGGGGCAUUCAGGAUGAAUUCACCUUCCAUUAAUUCACAUUCUGAUGUUCUGCAAAGUCAAAGUAAGGCAUAAUUAAAUAUAAAAAAAAUUUAAAGUAAUUUUCUAUCAUGUUAAAAGUAUAUUGAUGUCAGAAUUUAAUUAAAAAUAGACAUCAAAAUUACUAUUUUCUUGAUUGUCACUACUUAUUUUAAAAAGUAAAUUAGGUGGGAUAUAUAGCCUAAUUAUCUUGUAAGAUUACACAUAUAUGUUACACACUUGUUAAUUAAUCAACUGGUUAAUUACACAAUAAAAUCUCACAGACUUUUUGAGGCCUGAAACACUUUUUGUGAUGAAAGGCAACUUCAGUCAGAUCAAACACUAGAUAAUCCUUGAAGAGUUUAUCUUUCUGAUGCAUACUUCAGAAGUGGUUGGAUAUUCAUUCUGUCAAGAUCUUUUUUGAGGAAUUAACAGAUUGGACUACACAUUGCACGUGAAGGAAGACAAUGAUGGCAUGUGUGAGUAGGAGAAAUAUGAUACAUCUAUGGAUUUAUUAGUCUUAUUCAUGAGUUUGCGUUUUGACUGUUC